ACGCUAAUAUUUUAACAAUGUGCUCAUUUGCUCUUCGCUUUUGGCUGAAGUUCUCGAUAACACCAUGAACUUGGCGUGGUUUGUGUUUCUGAUUGGCAUCGCACCAGCGUAUUUAAAUGAAGAGACAAAAACAAGUACACCGAAUCCAAUUGAAACAGAAAUUAAUCGAUCUGAUAUUCAGGCGCAGGAAGGAAAGGACGCAGACCCAAAGGAAAACCAUAAAUGUCCUUCCAAAGAUAUAAUUGUAAGAACUUUAGUUUUUGUCAGGGAUCACUUACUUCCGGCUGAUAAUAAAAAAGUGGAUGUCGAUAUACUUAAAGAUUCCCUUGGAACAUUUAUACGACAAAUGAAUGAUACAAUUGUGGAAGAUUCAGAUAUUUUAAAUAGUAAUAUUCAAAGUCGACCAAAGAAAGAAGUAUUACGAGUAUCUCAAAUGGAUGAAAGUAAUCCACGAAAUAUAUUAACGGGUAAAGUAUCUUUAGAAUAUCAAGUUCCCGAAUUUAGAAACGGAGAUUGCCAAACACUUUUAAGUGCUAUUCUGAAUGCAAUAAAUGCAGCGUAUAUGCAAAUGAACGCGUAUUGUGCAGAAUCUGGCAAAUGCAAAUUAUCUAACAAUGACAUUACUCCACCACAAAUUUCAAUUCCACCAUGGCCACCGCAACAUAAUGUAAUCGGAGGAAACGUUCAGAAUCCACAAACGAAUGAAGAGUUAAAUAAAUACAUUUUAUCUUUAUUGGGAACUUAUCCGCAAAAUAUAGACAUUAUGACAAUACUACAAAACUAUAGACCUAAUUCUACAUCUAUCAAUGUUAACGGUAAUAAUAAUCCAAGUAAUGAACAAGUACUUGCUAAUACAAAUCUAAAUCCAAACGGUCAAACGCAGAGUGCAAAAAAUUCAGUACUAGAAAUUUAUACAAUCUUGGAUAAACCUUCAGGGUAUACUGUUAACCAAGGUUCCAUUCCAGCCGAUAUUAAUGCUGCUCACCCAGCACCGGUAACAAAUGCUUCGCUUCAUAUAAUGUAUGGAGCAGGUUCUAUGCCACCGCCUGGACAAAUCGGUAGUAUACAAAUGACCCAAAAUAUCACUGGUACACCCUCCGUAUCAGCUGAAAAUCUGAUAUUAAAACAUCACAUGCCUAGUACUGGUUCAACUAUAAUGAACAGCCAUACUGGAGACAAUAGUAUUCCACUGCAAGGCUACCAGCACGGAGUAUCCAACGUGAUAAAUAGAAACGUGAUUAAUAAUGUACCAAAUCAAGUUCCUAGUUACAAUGUUCUGCAACCGCCACAAAAUGCGUUUCAAAUCGGAAACAAUCCCCUAAAUGCCUACCUACAUUUACAACAGAAUAAUCCUCAAUUAGGAUCGAUGUAUACUCAGAACCCACUCUAUGCUUAUUUAAGCUAUCCACAAGCUAAAUAUACAUUACAAAACUAUAACAAUAACUAUCAGAAUCCGCUCCAUUUGAAGCCCCCUGUAACCAAUCAAUUCGGUUAUUUACCAAACCAAAGAAACAUGCUACUAAAUCCGCAAAUAAAUCAAGGAAUUUCAUACAACACGGCUCCAGGAGUUAAUAAUUUGUUACAAAACCUCAAUAACACAGUUGCAUUACAAGAUUUGUAUCGCUUGACCAGUAUGACGAAUGGCCCUAAAUUAAACAUAGCACCUAAUAAAAAUGGCAUGAUUGAACUAACGUUUACAUUGCAACGCCCAAAGGCAUUACAAUAUAACCCUGUUUAUUACGUCAAAUACAUCCUACCGUACCAAACAUAUAUGUACAAUCUCCAGAAUUUGUUACAGACGAGACCAUUCCUGAGAAACAAUCCAGCUCAAUUAUACCAAGAAUUACUUGCUGUGGCUAACAUGACAGAAUCGUCACAGGACUUAAAAGAUCUUGAAAAGCACGAAAUUACUAAAUUAGUAGCAACUAACGGCGCUUUAGUAAAAGCAAAAGUUUUAGGUGAUGGCAAAGAUUCAGUUGAUACGGUUAUCACAGAUGAAGUUCAAAAUAUAUUGAAAUUGUCGUCUAAAUUAGGUGCAGAGGGAAUGUUGAAUGCAACUAAAUUAGCAGUUGAUAAUAUAGAGGCAGCAAUGAAUAAUGGAAGCAAUACAACUAAACCUGAAGCUAAUGUUAUAAAUGCACCCAUAGCUGAUGUUUUGAAUCGAUCAGUCAAUAGUAGAACACUUGGAAUGACUCCUUUAUACACUAAUCAACAGUACUUGCAACAAGCAAUUAGAAAUAAUCGAUAUAAUUCUCCAUAUGCGAAUCGAAAUGUUUAUCCCGGCAGCAAUGUGAAUAGACAAGUUUUAUUCGGUUAAUUACAUUAAAAAAAAUGCAAAAAAUGUAGAAUGAAGAAUACGGUGAAUAAAAAUUUUGGUUCAUUA